AUGAACCAAAGGAGUCAUUGCAUGACUCCUCUCCACGCUCAUGAUAGGCACUUCGAUUCAGGCCAGGAGCUUGAUCAAGAUCCGUAUUCUAUGGUACAGCAAAAUGCCAGAGUCGACGCCGAGUUAGGCCUAAGUGCAGAUGAAGACGUUGAAGCAGGACAGCCAGAGCAAAGUCUUGAUGCGGACUGGGAAGUUGUUCUGUACAACUCAUUGACUGGUGAACAGAGGCAGCACAUUCGGCGUCUUGGCGAUGUAAGAAAUACACCUGGUAACCUUCCACUUGCUAUGUCGUCUAUGAUUCGAGAAACUGGUGGAGAGGGAAGGCCAGCUCGCGAUUCCGAAUCCGACAACGACCAUCUUCCUGAAAGGUGGACUCGCUUCAGAGAAAAGCAGGGGCAAGCCUACCGCGCUGAGGAACGAGCCAUUGGCCGGGGGAUCAUUACAAGCUUGGUCGAUCCUUUGCGCAUCAUCCGAGGACGCAAAUUCACCAUUUGGGAGCGAAAUGUCGACCUGGAAAUGAUGGACAUAUGGGUGUUGUGGUCAUGA